AUGCCUCCCUCACCAUCACCUCCUCCUACUACUACGACGAAGCUCCUCCUCAUCUUCUUACAACUCCUAACUACAUGUAGUUUCUCAGCAGCAAAAUCAAUAUGGUCCACUACGCCAGGGAACUACGCCAAUUUUAUCUCGACGGCGUUGCCGUUGGGGAAUGGUCGAUUGGGGGCCAUGCCUCUCGGCACAUAUAGCAAGGAGAUAGUGAACCUGAAUGUGGAUACCUUGUGGUCUGGAGGACCGUUUCAGGUUGAUAACUACACCGGCGGCAACCCUCUAACCCCCGUCUCCGGUGCCCUCCCCGGCAUCCGCGAGUGGAUUUUCCAGAAUGGCACGGGCAACGUGACGGCUCUGUACGGCAAUCCUAAUUAUUACGGCUCGUACCAGGUGCUGGGGAAUUUGACUGUCGAUCUCGAUCCUAGCCUGGGCUCGGGAACCAAUGGUUCUGUCUCAGACUACAAGAUGGCUCUCGAUCUUGAGACGGGGAUUUAUACGAGUGGGUGGACGGUUGGGGAUGUACAGUAUCAACGGGAAGCUUUCUGCUCGUAUCCUGACCAGGUCUGCGUCUACCAUGUCACUUCUUCUACGGCCCUCCCCGCCGUCACUAUCGGGCUUGAGAAUCAGCUGAAUUCCCCUGCGCCGCAGGUCAGCUGCCAGAACAACAGCCUCAAUCUGUACGGGCAGACGCAGGAGACCAUUGGGAUGGUGUUCAACGCACGAGCCAUUGUCGUGACGUCCAAGCAUCAAGGAGGGUUCUGCUCCAGAAACAACAGCAGCAACUCCGAGAUCGUCGUUCCCGCAGGAGAGACAGAAAUCUCCGUCAUCGUGGCAGCCGGGACAAACUACGACGCCUCCAAGGGCAACAAAGCGUUCAACUACUCGUUCAAGGGCGAGGAUCCGUCUGCUUCUGUCCUGCAAACCGCGACAGCGGCGUCACGCAAAAGCUACUCCCAACUCAAAGACGCGCACGUCCGCGAUUUCUCGGCCCUCUUCAACCGGUUCAACCUGACGCUGCCGGACCCAAACAACUCGGCCAGCAAACCCACAGUGGAGGUCAUUGGCGCCUACAACAAUGUCACGGGCGACCCCUUCGUCGAAAGCCUGCUCUUCGACUACGGACGCUACCUGUUCAUCGCCUCGUCGCGGCCCGGCAGUUUGCCGCCGAACCUGCAGGGCCGGUGGACGGAGCAGCUGGACCCAGCCUGGAGUGCGGACUACCAUGCCGACGUCAACAUCCAGAUGAACCACUGGCACGUCGAGCAGACGGGACUGGGCGAUCUGACGGGGCCGCUGUGGUCGUAUCUGGACGAGACGUGGAUCCCGCGAGGCACGGAAACGGCGUAUCUGCUGUAUGGCACCACGCAGGGGUGGGUUGUGCACGACGAAUUGAACAUUUUCGGACAUACGGGACUCAGGAUGAAAAACGACGCCACCUGGGCCGACUACCCCGUCGCGCACACAUGGCUGGCGCAGCAGGCCUGGGAUCAUUUCGACUAUUCGCAGGACGUCCACUGGUUCCAGUCGACCGGGUAUCCGUACCUCAAGGGCAUCGCGCUGUUCUGGCUGUCGCAGCUGCAGGAGGACAAGUAUUUCAACGACGGGACGUGGGUGGUCAACCCGUGCAACUCGCCGGAGCAUGGGCCUACCACCUUCGGAUGUAUGCACUACCAACAACUCAUCCGCGAGCUCUUCGAGCACAUCCUUCGCGGAUGGGAAUCGUCCGGCGACACCGACAUGGCAUUCCGCUCGCAAGUGCAGGACAAGCUGGCCAAGCUGGACGACGGCGUGCACGUCGGAUCCUGGGGCCAGCUGCAAGAGUGGAAGCUGGACAUUGACGUGCAGAACGACACGCACCGCCACCUGUCGCACCUGGUGGGCUGGUACCCGGGGUUCUCGGUAUCGGGGAUCUACGGGUUCAACAAGACGGUGACGGACGCGGUGACGACGACGCUGUACUCGCGCGGCACGGGGGUCGAGGACCAGAACACGGGCUGGGGCAAAGUCUGGCGGAGCGCGUGCUGGGCGCGCCUGAACAACACGGACGAAGCGUACUAUGAGGUUAAGCUGGCGAUCCAGAACAACUUCGCCGGCAACGGCCUGGACCUGUACAACGGCGGCGUGCCGUUCCAGAUCGACGCCAACUUUGGACUGCCGGCGGCGAUGCUGGCGAUGCUGAUCCGCGAUCUGGAUCGAGCGAGCGACGACAUGCGCCCGCAGGCAGUGCUCCUGGGACCCGCGAUCCCGGCGUCAUGGGGAGGGGGGAGUGUGUCGGGGAUGCGGUUGCGGGGUGGAGGCACGGUGGACUUUACGUGGGACAGCACGGGGACUGUAACCUCGUGCAGGGUGGACAAAACCGGACGGGGGAGAAAUGCGCCUGCUCUGACGUUCUUUGUCAAGGGAGGGCGUGCCAUUAGCUGUUAA